AUGCCCUUCUGUGCUCUCCUCCAGAGAUGCCCACUCGGGGUUCAAAAGGUUCUGGCCCGGCCCGGCCCUCCUAUGAUGGACUUGUCCUCACUAGAUGGCCCACCUAUCUUUGACCCAGGGAAUACCAUCACAUCAGGCCCCAUAGAUUUCUCGUCCUUGGAUGGAGGUCCCGUCAUCGCCGACUCGGUAGCUUAUCUCCCCCCAAAUCCUACCGUUCCUUGUAUCCAGAGACCACCCACUCCACAGACCGACGCCCAGUAUCACUUGCUUUCAAAGCCUCUUCCCCCAAGGCCAGCCUCUACAGAUUCUUCGCCAUCACGUCAACGACACAGGGUCAUCAGACGACAAGCCAGCCUGGAUGGCGACAGUUCAGCCGACAACGACAACACCAAUCUCAGACGUGCCCCUGCUAGACGAGGCCGAGUGAGCCCUGAUGAAGAGAUGCAAUCAGCAGACGAGGACAUCGACGAUAAUCGUUCCCGCUCGAGCCUUCAAAUAUGGACAACUCCGACCGCCCCUCAACCCAGACGAUCACACACCUGUGAUCCUCUUGUUUGGUUAGAGGAAGAAGGCUUGUGGGAGAUCCCUAGUCGCUGGCCACCACGGGCGCCUAUCCCAUCUCAACGCAGUCAACGAAGUGGCAGUCGACGCAGCCGCAGUCGAUCGUCUGCUUCGACCGCCUUCAGUGCCAUUCCGGAUGGAUGGCCUAUGCACAUGCACCAUGGAUGGCCGCCAAACCAAUUCGACACUGUUCGGGUCCAUAUUGACAGCGCGCUAGGCGAAUCGCCUCCAUCAUACGACAGCCAUGCUUUCAGUCCAACUUACGUGAUGCGAAUGCAAGAUGGGCCGUUGUUAGGAUGGACCCGUCGCGUGCCCCAUGUCUCGGCUCUAUGA